UCAAAAACCUUCAAAUGCUCAAUGUCAAAAUUUUUAAUUGCAAGAGCAAGCAUUUCAGCAGCCAAAAUAAAAAGUAAAGGCGAAAUUGGACAGCCUUGUUUAAUACCUCGACUUAUAUUAAAGCGUGGAGUGGUCCCUUAAGUCAAUGAAACAGAACAAUUUGUAUCCCGAUAUAAACUACCAAUUAUACUUCUAAAUUGUUUCCCAAACCCAUACAAUUCUAAAUCUGCAAAGAUAAAAGGGUGUUCGACUGUGUCGAACGCUUUGUAGAAAUCAAGAAAAAACAUGAUACCGUCAGCGUUAAUUUUGUCUAUAUAAUCAAUCAAAUCAAGGACCAAACGUAAAUUAUUAUGAAUCGAUCUACCCCACAAAAACCCUGACUGCGUAUUACUUAUAAUCUGUGAUAAUCCGGUUUUCAAACGAUUAGAAUAAAUGUGUGCUAACAAUUUAUAAUCAUUAUUUAAUAAUGUAAUGGGCCGCAAAUUAUCAAAAAAUUUAGGAUCUUAGCCUGGUUUAGGAAUGAGAAUUAUAACCCCUUGCUUCAUAGUAUGGGAAAGUGAAAGACAUUCAGUAACCUCUGUUAAAGCCUUGAAUAAAAUACAUUUUAUAGAAUCCCAAAAAUUUUUGUAAAAGUUGGCCAUUAAACCAUCGGAGCCAGGAGAUUUGUCAGAGGGUAAAGAUUGCAAAGCAUUCUCCAACUCCUGUAACAAGAUUUUUGCAUCACAAAUCUCUUUAAACUCUGAACUGAUUUGUGGAAUAAAUGGCUUAAUACUCUCAAAAAAUGUAUCUGCAUUAAUUUUAGAAAAUUUCGAUUUAUAUAAGUUACUAUAAAAGGAAAAUAUUUUUUGUGCAAUAUCAUGAGCGUUCGAAGAUUCAUUGCCAUCGAUAAUUAAGGAUUGUAUAUUAUUUUUCUCCUGCCUGCUCUUUUCCAAUCUGCAGAAGUACACUGAAUUUCUCUCCCCCUCUUCUAUCCAUUUGGCCCUUGAACGAAUAUAAGCACCUUUCACCUUUUCAACAUAGAUAGUAUCAAGUUUGGAUUGUAAGAAUAAAAGCUUUGUUCUAUCUGAAUCAGUAGACUGACUAUUACUGCAACAUUCACUUAUCUCUCUAAUAAGAUUAACUUCUUCUAAAUGGGUCGAUUUUUUUAGCUGUUUACCAAAGGAAAUAGAAUAACUACGAACUCUAAAUUUCAAAUAUUCCCAUUUAACUAAUAUUUGAGGAGAAUGAAGAAUCUUCAGUCACUUCUGUAACAAUAUUUUUAACUCCUUGACAAAAGGCCUCCGAAUUAAGAAGAUUGGUGUUAAAUUUCCAAUAUCCCUUAUUACGACGCCGUGCAGUCAGAGACUUUAAAUUUAAACCAAUCAUGCAAUGAUCAGAAAUUGGUGUGGAGGAUACGAAACAAUCUAAAAUAUGUUCCUUAAUGUGGAAUGAGAUAAUCCAGAAGUCCAAUCUUGAUUUGCUUGACCCAUCUGGUUUUAACCAAGUCAAACAGGUCAAAAGAAUUACAAAAAUUACAUAAAAUAGGAUUAUAGUGAUGGCUUUUAAAUUUAGAUGGAAAACGGUCGAACCAAUCAUCCUGCACCAUGUUAAAAUCCCCUCCUAAUAUAAUAUUGUCUGUGGAAUAUGCAAGUUUCAGGCCCAUUAUAACUUCAGAAACUUCUGAUAUCAUUUCCCUGUUUUGAUUAGUAUUAUUGUAACCAUAUAUGUUCCCUAUUAUAGUAAACAUGUCAUCAAUGGAAAGCACACAAAUGAGCCAGUGACCAUUGUCACUGGAUUUAUAUACAAUUACUUUUCCGGGGCAAUUAUAAAACAAAAUGGCAACUCCCGCUGAACGAUUAGUUCCAUGACUGAUUAGUCCAAAAUUUCUCAUCUAAAACACUUGAGUGAGUUUCUUGCAACAUAUAACAGUGUGCCUUUUUACCUUUACAGAAUAAGAAAAGAGCUUUGCGUUUCACGCUAUCUCGAAGACCCCUAACGUUGAAAGAAGAAAAACAGAAAUCUGAUUUUAAAGAGAACAUUUGAACAAGAAUAAAGUAAAUUGGAACGAAUUAACUUUGCUGUGAAAGAAAUGCUUAACGUCCCUUAAACAGACAUUAUAGAGUCCUUCUUAAGUUCCUUAUUAAAGACAUAGGACUGCCGCGAAAAUCUUAAGUAGUAGAGAUUCUUUUGCCGUCGAUGUAGCCAUAUGGACCUCUAAAAUAAGCUCGGUGACCUGCUUCUCUUGCCUGCUUUAUCUGCGGCCACAGUAGUGCUCUUGCCUCCCUGUCGACUGGAAGGAUGUGCUCGGCGAAACUGAUGCUCAGAUCUUUACAUACUGAGCAAUUCUUCGUAAGACGCCAGAACUCAUCUCUGUAGUGCCUCAUUGUGAAUUGGAUAACCACCUGUCGGUUUCGCCCCAUAUCCAACUUUCCUACGCGAUGUACCGAAUCCACCAUACUUUCGAAUUUUGUGGACCACUGUGGCUUGAUCUUCACCAUGAUACCAAGUACCUCGUCCCGUAUUCUUUCUUCUGUUUUCUCUUUUAAACCGCGAAGCUUGAGAUUCCAGCGUCGCUUAUAACGCUCCAGUUCCUGAACCCGCUCCUUAAGCUCCGCAUUAUCCUUUGCCAUCUUAGACACUUCUUUUCCAAGGUUACUCGACGCAGAUUUGCAGUCUUUGAUCUCCUUUGCAUUAAAUUCAACACCUUUUGCCAGUUCAGCAAUCAUUACCGUAUUCUGCUUUAGUUGCGUCCCGAAAGCGUCUCCAUCAUGGCUGUCAGAUUAUUUAUGGUGUCAAGAAUGGCGGCGUUGGAAACCUCAGGCUGACCAUCCCCUUUUACUUUUUUUUGAGGUACUGGAAUUUUAGUAGGUGUAGAUUCCAGCGGUCUCCUUAUACUCACUGAUAGUCAUGAGACAUUAAUGCGUGUGCACCCAAAGAAUCAUCACCUGCUGCAGCUGUCUUCGGUUUCGGCAUAUCUUUUGCUUAAAGAGUCCUAAAAAACCACCCAACAGUGUGCAGUUAUGCACCUUAAUUACACAUGCAGCCGAAUCAACUAAAUAAACUAAACCUGAAGGUCAUUCAAUGCAAAAAUUUGGGACUAAUGAUCAGAGUCACAACAAAGUAUGUGUGCUCAGUUCGCCAUCUUGCCGACUGGAUCUGAAGUGUGUGGACUCCGAAGUGCGGAUGUGAAGUGCGAGUGCGUCACAGCGUCAAGACGUAAGCUGUCCCAAAAGGCUUGUUCGACUUCACGCAGCUCUGCGCAAACCGAUCGUCGGCUGAUGUGUGUUACGUACCUGGACUCAUUUAGUGUGUUUUUGCCCCUGUGACCCAGUUUCUGUCUUCCGUGUUUGGUUUGAUUAGUUCCCAGGUGUGUCUAUUCUAUUCCCCAUGUGUUCCAUGUCCCUGUUAAUUUAGUGAUUCCAUCCACCUGUGUUUCCCCAUUAUCCCAGGUACAUAAGCCUUGUCCUUUCAGUUCUGUUUUGUCGGGUCUACUCACUUGCUAUUUACGUGUGUCUACCUCUGUGCUCCACGUGUUGGAUAUAUUAAAAGCCUUAUUUCAUUUAUCCUCUGCUCCGUGUUUCUUCUGGCAGCGUAAACCGUAACAGAAGACCCGACCCAAAAAGAGAGUCUAAAACUGUGUUUUUCACUCCGUUUUGUUUUAGUUUUUUCACAGUCUUUUCAUUUCGUAGUGUCGAUGGAACCCCUCUAUAGCCCCGAAUUCCUCCUUCGCAGGAAGCAGGAGCAGGAAGGACGUUCUCUCGAGGACCAUACCAGACGGUUUCUUCUGUUAGCUAAUGCCAUCAGCUACCCGGACUACGUGCUCUGCACCUUCUACAACACCAGCCUGAACUCCAAGUGCAGUGCGUUGUCGCCCGAAGAUGGUCCUCGGGAGGAAUUCGCCGCAUUUGUGGAGUGGACUCUGGCGAGAAAUGGCUCACCUCUCACUUUCUGCCCCAUAGAGGAUCUCGCCAGUCCCACUCCCGACCCAGAGACCAGCCAGCCACCAUCCCACCACACGGAGCCAGAGCCCACUGCAGCCGCAGAGCCCGAGCCAUCCAGUGACAUGGAGCAGGAUCUCGAGAGCGCGACUGACCAGGUGUGUGAGCCGGCAACACCGUGCAUCGUGGGAGUCCUAGUGGAGAUCGAGGGCAUGGAGGAAAGCCCUGCCCACACAUCCACAACUGUGGGUGAGCUACAUCCGGUCUCGGGUAACAUGGAGCAACUUUUGGAUCUAAUGGACUGGUCUAUGGAGGUAAUCCCUAAUAUUCCUGUUUCUCCGCUGGUUCCGUCCAGACCUGAUUCCCCUGUAUACCCUCUCAAUCUCCCACUCCUACCUCCUCCAGUCAUUUCCUCUGCUCCAUUUCCGCUGGUUCCAUCCAGCCAUGAAUUUUCUGUUUCUCUGCUGGUUCCGCCCAGCCCUGAGUUUUCUGUUUCUCCACUGGUUCCGCCCAGCCAUGAAUUUUCUGUUUCUCCGCUGGUUCCGCCCAGCCAUGAAUUUUCUUUUUCUCCACUGGUUCCGCCCAGCCCUGAGUUUUCUGUUUCUCCGCUGGUUCCACCCAGCCCUGAAUUUUCUGUUUCUCCGCUGGUUUUGCCCAACUAUGAAUUUUCUGUUUCUCAACUGGUUCCGCCCAGCCCUGAAUUUUCUGUGUCUCAGUUGGUUCCGCCCAGCCCUGAGUUUCCUGUGUCUCCGCUGGUUCCGCCCAGCUCUGAAUCUUCUGUGUAUCCUGUGUUCCCUCCCGGCCUCCCUCUCCCACCUCCUCCUGGACCUGCCGGUCCAUCUGCUCCACUUCCGCUGGCUCCGUCCAACCCUGAUCCUCUUGUCUUUCCUCUCAUCCUUCCUCUCUCUCCUCCUCCUCCUAGACCAGCCAGUUCCUCGUCAUCCCUGCUGGUGCCAGUCAGUCCCGCAGCUCACCCUCAGUCCGCACCAUCUGGGCGCGAUGGUUUGCCGCUGGACUGCCAGUCUCCAGCUCCACCUUGGCGCGUUAAGGCCCUGUCUGCUGGCCUCCUCCUGGGAGUCUGUCCUCCACCGGAACCUCCUCCCAAGUUCCCACCCACGCCUCCCUCGGUUGUUUCUACGGUGCGAGGACGCACCUACCGGGAGGGGGGAGUACUGUUACAUACCUGGACUCAUUUAGUGUGUUUUUGCCCCUGUGACCCAGUUUCUGUCUUCCGUGUUUGGUUUGAUUAGUUCCCAGGUGUGUCUAUUCAAUUCCCCAUGUAUUCCAUUUCCCUGUUAAUUUAGUGAUUCCAUCCACCUGUGUUUCCCCAUUAUCCCAGGUACAUAAGCCUUGUCCUUUCAGUUCUGUUUUGUCGGGUCUACUCACUUGCUAUUUACGUGUGUCUACCUCUGUGCUCCACGUGUUGGAUAUAUUAAAAGCCUUAUUUCAUUUAUCCUCUGCUCUGUGUUUCUUCUGGCAGCGUAAACCGUAACAACUUGAAGCAGUGCAUGCCGGUUAGAAAUUUUGUCCGACUUGAUACAGCGCUGAUACCACGUGACUGUGACGUGUGCCAUCAAAGUACCGCGAGAGCUAUUCGAGAGUAGCCGGAGAACUCAGCCAGCGCAGCUUCUGAAGAGCGGCUGCACAGUUUCUGAUGAUGACACAACUGAUCCACGAUUGGCUGUAUUCACGGAUGACACCGAUGACGUGCAUUUCAAGUUUAUUGUGAGUCGGGGACUUCAGUUUAAGAAAUUCUCAUAUGGACUUUUAAAACAGUUCAAUACGUUUUUAUGUCGUCUUCAUCUUAUAAAUCAUAUAUAUUAAAUAUUGUUUUACUGUAUUUACUUUAUUGUUAAUAUAGAGUUUGUGUAUGUUAAUUUUGCAUGACUUUCUUUUUUAUACAGACCUUUUACAGUAUUCUGCAACAUAACCUAUUCAAAUGAGCAUUUUUAAUAACUAAAAUGUUAAUCUUAAAAACAUACAAUCUAAUGUGGUCAUAAAUGUAUGCUCCUAUACAAAUGAUACAUAAUACAUUAUGUUCCUCCAUUUGUUUGGUUUCUUCAUAUUCUCUAGUUUAUUUUGCUGUGUUUAUACUUCACCUGCAUGUGGUUAGCAAACUGCUAACAACUUGCUGUAACUUCAACUUAACAACUUGACAACAUUCUGUUCACUUUCAAAUAGUUGGUCUAAAUCACAAUAUAAAUCCAACAGAAUUGUGCUUUUCUGUAUAUGAAAAUCAUUGGUGUUGUUUAAAAUGUUAAAAAGAGCUCAGCUGGAGGGUACUGUAAAUCUUGUUGCUGAAACCUUCUUAAAAACACAUACCCACCAGGGAAUUUUUUAAUAGGUUACUUUUAUCAUUUUGUAUUAGCAGAAACACCCAUGUCAUACUGCUAAAGUAUAUAUCCAAUAUGUUACCUUGUUUUGGAAGACACCCUUCCAAAACACCACUUAUACACACAUCUUAAGCACGUGUUAAUACCAUUAAUACAUAGAGUUACUUAAUCACUAAAUCAUGAAAACAAUGGUACAAAUGUUGAGCCAAAACUGAAAGUGGACUUAAAAUGGUAAUUGCAAUUGUUGCUAACUAUAAGUAAUAAUGAAUGGAAAAGGUGUGGGGUAUGGUGCCAUUGUUUCUUAGGAUAUAUAAAGAACCUGCAUAACCCUGUGUAACACACAACAAAAUAGACAACGUAACCAUUAAUGUGUUAGACAGCAAAGGCAAUGUUGUCAUGCUAACGGUUUCCAAGGACAUCGCUGAAAGAAUGCAAAAUGGUAAGUAAACCACAUGACUGUGAAAUAAUUACAAGUCACCAAUGAUUUGUGCAAGUGUUUUAUUUAUCAUUUAUUCCCCCAGAUCAAAUGUUCCUUUCCUAUGUCAUGGAGAAAGCUGUUGAAACAAAAGCUCUCCAGCUUGUGCUGCAAAGCUUCUCCAACCUCCUAUUCCAUGUCCCACUACCUCCAUUAGGUCGCCAGCACCCCUAAACCUCAGUUUUGUGAAACCACCAUCCAGUGCCCCAUUACUACCACUAGGCCCCCUGUACUACUUACCUCCACUGUCAAGGACCCACCACCUUCCACUCUGCAACCUGGUGCAGUGUGUGGAAACCCUUCAGCAUCCAUUCAACCUUCAUCCCCUUCCUUCCAGUCAGACAGGCAUGAAUCUCAAGAAAUAACACAUACAAUGACACUAUUUCUACUGGACCUUACAAAAACUCACCAGCACCUUUAUUUUCGGAACAAAAUGGCAUUCUAUAAAAAAAAUACAAAACUUAUUCUCACUAAAGGGCUACAACUUGUCAAGUGAGAAAAUUCAUGUUAGCAAACAUGUUAACUACUUAUAAGAGAGUGAAAGACAGGCGCCGUGCAACUGGGGAAGGGAAGAUCACCUGGGAGUACUAUACACUAAUGGAUGAGUUAUUUGGGUCAUCGGGGAUCGGUACUGCACCACCUGGCACCAUUCACUCCAUACCUCUGGGUUUGGAAGAGACCUCUUCCACAAGCAGGCCCACAACGUCUUCUCUUCAAGACCAGCCGGUAGGUGCUAGUAUGGAUGAACAGCCAGGAACUGCUACCAUACAAAAUGCAAACAUCACAAGAAGGCAAAGACGACCACUUACAAUUCCUGGACGCUUAUGAAGAGCAUGCAGAGAGAAGGACUGCUGUGCUUGAGUCCCUGGUAAGGCCAGAUCUGGAGAGAUGGCGGCGACUUAAGGAGAGGCGGAGAAGGUCCUUCAAAAAAAAAAGAUGGUGACCAGCUUGGGAUCAAUUGUGGAGGAGCAAAUUAUGCAUCUAUUACAGAACCCACAUGAACCCCAAUAAAAUUAUAAUCUAAAGAUGUUAUCUCUUUUGAUUUACACCUUUCCCCAAAAUGUCAUAUGUUUUUUUUUUUCCCAAAUAACAAUUUCUAAUGACAAACUAAUUUUGUUCAAUAAAAUAUAUUUUUUUUAUUUCAACACAAAA